GUGAGAGAAAAAAUUCUAAAACACAGAACAACACAAAUAUACAUAUAAAUCCCCCCCAUUCUUUCAUACAUCAAUACAACAAAUUUCUCAAAUUUGUGCUCUCUAUUCGUUGUUUCUUUAUUCAAUUACCACUUUGUACACUUUUGCUUAAAGAUGAUGCAAAUGGAUCGAAUACCAUUUUUAGAAGAAUAUGAAAAACUUGUUGUUCGUAUGAACACUCCUGGGGUCAUGAUUGAUAAUGCUGGUUGUGUAGAUGCAACUAGAAUCAUGAUUGAUAGUGCAAGAAAAGAUGGAAUUCUUCUUGAAGCAGUUCAAGUGCUUACAGAUCUAAACCUUUCUAUUAAAAAAGGCUAUGUUUCUUCUGAUGGAAGGUGGAACAUGGAUGUCUUUCAUGUCACAAAUUUGGAUGGCAGCAAAUUAACAGAUGAUAGCAUCAUCAAUUGCAUUCAACAGUCACUGGGAACUAUUCACAGUAGAAGAUCAAAGUCAAUAGAUGGAAUGACAGCAUUAGAACUAACCGGGACAGAUAGAGUCGGUCUUUUAUCAGAAGUUUUCGCGGUUUUAUCCCAUCUCAACUGUGAUGUGGUUGAAUCCAAAGUAUGGACACACAAUGGCAGAAUCGCGGCUUUAAUUCAUUUAAAAGAUUGUGAUUCAGGCUCACCGAUUGAAGACGCACAAAAAAUAGACAGAAUUGAGGCCCGGUUAAGGAAUGUAUUAAAAGGGGAUAAUGAUAUAAGAAGUGCUAAAACGUCUGUUUCGUUGGCUGUUACUCAUACGGAAAGAAGACUUCACCAAAUGAUGUUUGCAGACCGUGAUUAUGACAGAACGCCGAUCAUAAAGACGAGUGGGCGUUGUUCCCCUUUGGUAUCUGUUCAAAAUUGUUUGGAAAAAGAGUACUCGGUUGUUAACAUUCAGGUCAAGGAUCGACCGAAGCUUUUGUUUGAUGUCGUGUGUACUUUGACCGAUAUGCAAUAUGUUGUGUUCCAUGCCACUAUCAAUACUGCAGAAAACAAUGCAUAUCUGGAAUUCUUUAUUAGGCAUAUAGAUGGAACCCCAAUUAGUUCAGAAGCGGAAAAGCAACGAGUAAUUAUGUGUUUAAGAGCUGCAAUUGAAAGAAGAGCAUCCGAGGGUGUUAUGCUUGAACUACUAAAACCCGAUAAACCAGGGCUAUUAGCUGAAGUGACAAGAACGUUUAGGGAAAACGCGAUGAAUGUGACACAAGCUGAAAUAUCAACUACAAUGGGUAUGGCCUUAAAUCUUUUUUACGUGACGGAUGCAAUGGGAAACCGGGUGGAUCCAAAGGUUAUAGAUUCUGUCGUUCAAAGAAUCGGGUCAACUUAUUUAAGAGUUAAGGAGCUACCUUUGAUGUAUCAUCAAAAGGGAAAUAGUAAUGAACAAAACACAAGUAGUCUUGGUGCUGCAGUUUUGUUUUCACUAGGUAGCUUAUUAAGGAGAAAUCUAUACAAUAUGGGAUUGAUCAAAUCAUUCUCUUGAAGGGGGUCUUUCACAUGCAUUGGAAGGUUGUAACUCAUCCAUCGAAGGUUUCACCUUUGAAAGAUAAGAAUAGGGAAUUCAUGGUUUGCUUGAAGAAAUGGAUUUGUACAUAAAAGUAUGAAAGAAAGUGGUUGAAGUAGUUGGUUUGGUAGAUACAUUUAGAGGCAUACACAUUACUAAAUUAGGUUUUGGUACUAAAUUAGGUUUUGGUAUGGUAAAGAGGAGGUCCACUCCUACUAUUUUCUUAUAUAUUUUGGGUAGCUAUUUACUAUGGAAUUAAAUUUUAGAGGUGGAUUGGAUUUAUUUUGUUAUUGGGAGGUUUGGUUCUUAUAUCUAUUUAGGAAUUCUAUGUACAUAAAUUCAUUUAAGGUAUAUUGUGUUGAUGAUUGAUCUCUA